GUGGGGGGUUGCUGGCUUCCUCGGGCUCGGGGCUGCGCAUCCUUGAACCCGAGGUGCGGGAGUGGAAGCUCUUCCUCAUUCAGGAGUAUUGUGCGGGAGGCACCCUACGUGAGAUGGUGGACCGAGGCGCCUUCAUGUGGGGUCACACCGACCUGCCCCUUAUGAAGCGAGUGGCGGCAACGGCACUGGAGAUCGCAGCCGGCAUGUCGCACAUCCACUCCAAGAAUGUCGUACACGGGGACCUCAACCCCAACAAUGUACUCAUGGCACACCCCACCUCGCCCUCGCAGCAGCCCCUGGUGGCCAAGAUUGCGGACUUUGGGCUGUCCAGCAAGCUGGGCGCGGGUCAGACCCACGUCUCGAAUAUGUGCUGUGGCACCCCCCCGUACGUCAGCCCCGAGGUGGCGGGCCACGGCAAGAUGACCAAGGCUGCGGACGUCUGGUGCAUGGGCCUCAUACUCUACGUGAGUAGCGCGGGGAAGGGGGGGGGUGCUUGUCCGUGUGUUUGCUUGCAUGCUUGCAUCUCCGCCCCUGCCGGCCUGGCCUGUAUGCGCUCCCAGUCACUGAGUGUGUUGCUGCGGUACCAGCAUACGGCAUACCUUGUCGUGGCCUGAAUCUUUAACAUUCUGCCUCCCCCACCUUUCCCCUUUCCGCCUGCUGCCCCCCUGCCCCUCACCCCACCUGCCGCCCCGCCCCCGCCUCACCCCACUUGCUGACCCACCCGGUCAGGAGCUGGCCCACGGCCGGCCCCCCUGGCGGCCCCUGCCCGCCGAGCAGCGGGGGGGAUGGGGCGGGGGAGGGGGGCACCACCACCCACUGGUGAACCCGCAGCCGCAGCCGCAAGCACCGCCACAACGGCCGCAGCAACCACAGCAGCAGCAGCCUGUAGCGGCUGCUGCGGCUGCAGCUGCAGCGGCUGCCCCCGGGGGUCCAGGGGAGGGCGCUGCUGCCACUGCGGUCGGACCCCCGCCCCACCACCCCGGCGCCUCCAUGUCACCACCUGCACCUCUUCGAGAUACUCCCAACACCGUCCCCAGCAGCAGCAGCAGCCCCGCCGCCGCCGCAGCAGCAGCCUCCUCCCUCUCCGCGGGGCGCCUGCCCCUGCCGCCCCUCCGCCCACCUAGUCGCACGGGCGAGGCCGCCGCACCCCUCUCAGUGGAUGCCUCCGAUGCCGCCGCCACACCUCGCUCCGCCAUCUCCGCCUCACCUCUAACUCCCACUCCACCAACUGCUCUUAACAACACUACCAACACCCCAGCCACAGCCUCCCCCGCAAUCCUGCCUCCUCCUCCUUCUCCUCCUCCUCUUCCUUUCCCUCCUCCCUCACCUCCUUCACCCCCCCCUCCCCCAUUGUGUAUCGACCCCACCGCCCUCACCUGGUCCCCCCAGCUGCCGCCCGACUAUGUACGGCUAGGGCUAUCGUGUCUUAACCGGGUUCCGGAGCACAGGCCAGGUUUCCCUGCUAUUGUACGACAGUUGCUUGACAUUCAGCGGGCGGUGGAUGCGGCGGUAGCGCAGGCCGCGACUCGGUCGGCCGGGCGGCUGCAGGGGGCGGCGGCGCGGGGGGAGGGCGGUGGGGAGGGGAGCGGGCGUGGUUUGAGAGGGGGAGUGAGAGGGGGUGCGAGCAUUGGGUAGCGCCGUUGGGAGCCGAGUCCUUGGUGAGUUGGACGUAAGAAGCCAGAGGGGCACAGCUAAGCGCAAAUGAGACAAGGGCUAUGCCAUUGAAGCGUAACAAGCAAGAGGGGUAUGUAGUGGGGAUGGGAAUGGGCGGUUGGAGUGAAGAGGGGUUUGUGGAGUGACGUGGGAUGACUACGGAAAAGAGAUGCUGGUCGGAUUGGUAAGAAAAGGUGCAUGUUAUGGGGUUAUGAGAAGCGUAAAUUUCAUAGAUGUCAUUUAUUAUGGACAGCGCUGCUGAGGAUUGAAGAAGGGUCUUGGUGAUGAUAUUGGGAUAAUGGGAUGCGGAGGGCUAAGGAUGCUUUGCAAGAACAAGAAAAAACGGAAGGGAGCGAGAGAUACGAGAAAGCAAACGCUAGAAGGCGAUGGCUUACCGGUAAUCCGGAAAAGGGCGCGACAGCGCGAGACGAGCGAUGCGCUGGACGGUCUUGGUAGCGUGCGAGGAGGUCAUCCGUUUCCUAUUUCCCUUUCCCGUUUUGCAAGCGUUGCGGCUCAAGGGCGCCACGUAGCUGCGGUUGCUUGGCAGCGGCUUGGGGUUAGGCGGAUGACAGCUCACCUUCAUGCGUUCAAUUUGUUCUGGACUUGGACUUACGGGGAGGGUGAGGACUAAUGCAGGUGUAGUUUCGCGCCCCCUUCUGUAUGUGCUAGUGGCGUCCUAGCUGCAAAAUGGGAGUGCGAGAGGUUUGUGUUUUAGCUGAGCCCCAGAAUUGGCAAACCUUACCUUACCGUGGUGUGUCAAGAAACGGGUCACGGUUGUUAAGAAAACUGGCCACGGUUAGGCCAUGGCGUGUGUACCUACGUUUUUCAUCAUUCACAGGGGAGAGGAGGAUUCCUUUGUGGGGUUCCUUUAAUCGUUGUUAGCCGUACAUAUUCCAGAUGUACAAAACCGAAUUUUGGUUGGAGACACUGAAGAAGGUACCGGUAUUGGGAACUAUGAAGACGGACGUGCAUGAGGGCGUUCAACACUGGUCAAUGUGGUCGUGGGGGCGCGGGGACGUAACGGGAAGUACUACUAACUGUACGAGCGGAUGGGGGCGCGGAUGGGUACACCCCAAACAUCUCAGAAUGCUCAAAGCUGGUGGCGAUAAUCCCGGAGGUACUGGAGGAUAAGGUACGUUGGCGUUUUCCAAGCGGCCCAAGUGCCCGGUGCGUGGGAGCUGUUGGUGGUUGUGGAAGAGAAACAGAAAUAGGUUGGGACGAGUGAAAUUUUGGGAAAAGAUAGGGACCGAACGCUUCCAGAGCAACGCAAGCGGAGCUGACUGUGCUCAUCAGUAAGUGGGAGGCGGAAUGGGAG